UUCGAGAGGGCCAGUAUGUUGGUGAUUCUGCUGAACUGUGUUACUCUGGGGAUGUUUCAGCCUUGUGAGGACAGCCACUGUGACUCAAAGCGAUGCAGGAUCCUGGAGGACUUUGAUGACUUCAUCUUUGCUUUUUUUGCAAUUGAGAUGGUAAUCAAGAUGGUUGCACUGGGCAUCUUUGGGAAAAAGUGUUACCUUGGAGACACCUGGAAUCGACUAGACUUCUUCAUUGUGUUGGCUGGGAUGCUGGAAUAUUCUCUCAACCUACAGAAUGUUAGUUUCUCCGCAGUCCGCACAGUCAGAGUCCUUCGACCUCUUCGGGCUAUCAACCGAGUGCCCAGUAUGAGAAUCUUGGUGACACUCCUGCUGGACACACUUCCGAUGCUGGGAAAUGUGCUGCUGCUUUGCUUCUUUGUAUUCUUCAUCUUUGGGAUUGUAGGGGUUCAGUUAUGGGCUGGACUUCUCCGCAACCGCUGCUUUCUCCCUGAAAACUUCUCUCUGCCUACCAGUCUAGACCUGCACAACUACUACCACACAGAGAACGAUGAUGAAAACCCGUUCAUCUGUUCUCAACCACGGGAGAACGGCAUGCGUCUGUGCAACUCCAUCCCUACGCUCCACGAGGAGGGCAUGCAGUGCCAGCUGGACAUGGCAGCUUACAAUAGCACAGACAACACCACCUGUGUCAACUGGAACCAGUAUUACACCAACUGCUCUGCCGGAGAGGCCAAUCCCUUCAAGGGGGCAAUAAACUUUGACAACAUUGGUUAUGCCUGGAUCGCCAUCUUUCAGGUUAUUACUCUGGAAGGCUGGGUGGACAUCAUGUACUUUGUUAUGGAUGCUCACUCCUUCUACAAUUUCAUCUACUUCAUCCUCCUUAUCAUAGUGGGCUCAUUCUUCAUGAUCAACCUUUGUUUAGUUGUCAUAGCGACACAGUUCUCUGAGACCAAGCAAAGGGAGAGUCAGCUUAUGAAGGAGCAGAGAGUACGCUUCAGGUCCAAUGCCAGCACCCUCAAUAGCUUCUCUGAACCAGGAAGCUGCUAUGACGAGCUGCUCAAGUACCUGGUCCACAUCAUUCGCAAGGCAAGCAGGCAGAUCGGGCACCUUAUCCGGGCUGCCGGUCGCCGGGCGGGCCUCAGGGUCUGUGCCUCUCCACGGUUGGAACCACCACCCACUAAAAGAGGUCGGCAGAAGCAGCAGCAGGGGUCCAUUCGCAAUGUCUUGCACCAUCAUCACCAUCACCUCCACCCACACUACCAUUUUGGCAAUGGGAGUGUCCGAACUGAGGUGGACACCGGCUCCCAUACUGGCCGUCUAAUGCUACCUGUUAUUGUCCCUCAGCAAGACCCCUGCUCUCCAUCACCUGUGUUGCUGGGCCUCGGCAGUGCCGAAUCUGUGCACAGUGUCUCUAACACUGCAGGCUGCUGUAGCCCAUCACCUUCUCCAUUGGUGCUGCAGGCAUACAAGAGGAACUCGGUGCCAUUUGCAGUUCCAGUCAAUAAGAACUAUCCCACGUUACAGUCAUCUCUGGCAUUAGAGCAGCUCAGACAGACAAUCCUUGAGCCAGGAGGAGGCAGCUGCACACCUAGUAUCCUUACCAACCUAAACAUCCCCCCAACUCAUAUCAGCACCUCACAGUGCCUGGUGGAGACACAACGUCCUCCAGGCAAGAUCAUCUGCAAGGAUGCCCCCACAAACUUGGACACAACUUUGACCUUUGACCCUGAGACUUGUCCAUAUUGUGCUAAAUCAAUGGGCAAUGACUCAGAGGGAAUAGAUGGGAAUGAGACGGCAGACUCUGACAGUGAGGGCGUGUAUGAGUUUACUCAGGAUGCCCAUUAUCGGGAUGGCAGAGAUCUCAACAGGAAGAAGAAGUUUGCAUUAGGAGAUCGGGCAGCAAAGGUGGUGCAUUUCUGGAGGCUGGUGUGUGACACUUUCCACAAGAUUGUGGACAGCAAGUACUUUGGACGAGGAAUAAUGAUCGCCAUUCUUAUUAACACACUCAGCAUGGGCAUUGAGUACCAUGAGCAGCCUGAUGAGUUAACAAAUGCUCUGGAGAUCAGUAAUAUCGUCUUCACCAGUCUGUUUGCUCUGGAAAUGCUUCUGAAACUGCUGGUCUAUGGUCCUUUUGGCUACAUCAAGAACCCCUACAAUAUCUUUGAUGGUAUUAUUGUAGUAAUCAGUGUCUGGGAGAUUGUUGGUCAGCAGGGAGGAGGUUUAUCAGUGCUGAGGACUUUCAGGCUUAUGCGGGUGUUGAAGUUGGUCCGCUUCAUGCCCGCCCUGCAAAGGCAGCUGGUGGUCCUGAUGAAGACAAUGGACAAUGUUGCUACCUUCUGCAUGCUGCUUAUGCUCUUCAUAUUCAUUUUCAGUAUUCUAGGCAUGCACCUGUUUGGAUGUAAAUUCGGCUCUGAGAGAGAUGGAGACACACUUCCUGACCGCAAGAACUUUGACUCUUUAUUGUGGGCCAUUGUUACAGUUUUUCAGAUUUUGACUCAGGAGGACUGGAAUAAGGUACUGUAUAAUGGGAUGGCCUCCACCUCUCCUGUGGCUGCUCUAUACUUCAUCGCCCUCAUGACUUUUGGAAACUAUGUCCUGUUCAACCUCUUGGUGGCUAUCUUAGUGGAGGGAUUCCAGACAGAGGAAAUCACCAAGAGGGAGGAUUUGCAUGGCCAGCUGAGCUGUAUUCAGCUGCCAGUAGACUCAGGGGGUGAUGCCUCAAAGACAGACUCUGAAGUGGAUUUCUAUACACGAAGCUUAGAGGAUGUUUCUGGACAUAAAAGGGACCCAUCUGCCUCAUCUGCUGUGCCCAUCAAUGGUCAUGUCGACCUAAAGACCAGUCUGACACCUCCUCUCAUCACUCAUACGGCCGCGACACCCAUGCCCAUUCCCAAGAUAUCAGGAGACCCAGCACUUGGCUAUGAGUCUCGUAGAGGCAGCAAUGUCUCCAUGGAUCCCAGUGGCCAAGAUAAGUCUCCGUCGAGUGCACGGAGCUCCCCUAAUGCCCCCUGGAGUUCCGCUAGCAGCUGGAACAGCAGGCGCUCCAGCUGGAACAGCCUCGGCCGAGCCCCCAGCCUCAAGAAGCAAAAGAGACAAUCUGGUGAACGGCGGUCCUUGCUUUCCGGCAACGGCCAGUCCAGUUCGGAUGAGGGUGUUGCUGGAGAGAGCAGGGGUGGAGGGGGUAUGUCUGAGGGCGAUGAGUCCUCCCUUGCCAGGACGGACUCACUGGGCCAGAGGCCUCGGCACAGGCGCGUGGAGUCUCUGGAGACCCGCAGCUCUUUUGAUCUGCCUCCAGACACUCUGCAGGUGCCAUACAUGCAUCGCUCUGCUAGCAUACACAGUGCCCGGCCACCCAACUUCCUUAGCAAUGGCAAGAGUUCCUGUUCUGCAGCCAGCGCGCAACUCUCUCUAGACGAGCAUCACAGUGAGGAUGAUAAUACAGAUGAUGAAGGAAACCUGAGUCGCAAGGCUCGUCUCUAUCGCUGGUUGGAUCAUAAGCAGCCUCAGUGGAGUCGGCAGAGGGCCACCUGGUCCCUUUACCUGUUCCCUCCUCAGUCACGAUUUCGUGUGACAUGCAAUAAGAUUAUCACUCACAAGAUGUUUGACCAUGUGGUUCUUGUCAUCAUCUUUCUCAACUGCAUCACCAUCGCCAUGGAGAGGCCCAGAAUCGACCCCUCCAGCGCUGAGCGCAUCUUCCUGACGCUGUCCAACUAUAUCUUUACCGCCAUCUUUGUGACUGAAAUGACAAUAAAGGUGGUUGCCUUGGGCUGGUGUUUGGGGGAGAACACCUACCUUAAGAGCAGCUGGAACGUUCUGGAUGGCACGCUGGUGAUGAUCUCAGUGAUUGACAUCCUGGUAUCCUUGAUCUCCAACAAUGGCACAAAGAUCCUGGGCAUGCUGCGAGUGCUACGGUUACUGAGAACCCUACGACCACUCAGAGUGAUCAGCAGAGCUCCAGGACUGAAGCUAGUGGUUGAGACAUUGAUGUCAUCACUUAAACCUAUCGGGAACAUUGUGGUCAUCUGCUGUGCCUUUUUCAUCAUUUUUGGCAUCUUGGGAGUUCAACUCUUCAAAGGGAAGUUUUUUGUGUGUCAAGGGGAGGAUACAAGGAACAUCACCAACAAGUCAGAUUGCCACCUGGCAAACUAUAAAUGGGUCAGACAUAAGUACAACUUUGAUAACCUUGGGCAGGCUCUGAUGUCCCUUUUUGUUCUGGCGUCCAAAGACGGCUGGGUGGACAUAAUGUAUGAUGGUUUGGAUGCUGUUGGUGUAGAUCAGCAGCCCAUCAUGAACUACAACCCAUGGAUGUUGCUCUAUUUCAUCUCCUUCUUGCUGAUCGUGGCUUUCUUCGUGCUCAACAUGUUCGUUGGUGUUGUGGUUGAGAACUUUCACAAGUGCCGACGGCACCAAGAAGCAGAAGAAGCCAAACGGCGUGAGGAAAAGCGCCUUAAACGCAUGGAGAAAAAAAGAAGGAAUAUAAUGCUGACCGGUGUCAGUUGGUCCAGUCCUGAAUACUCACUGACAGAAGCCCAGAAUAAACCCUAUUACUCCGAUUACUCACCCACACGGCUUCUCAUCCACAAGAUGUGCACCAGCCACUAUCUGGACCUUUUCAUCACGAUUGUCAUCGGGCUAAAUGUCAUCACCAUGUCCAUGGAGCACUACCAGCAACCCAAGGUGCUGGAUGAGGCUCUGAAGAUCUGUAACUACAUUUUCACAAUCAUUUUUGUGUUGGAGUCCGUCUUCAAGCUUGUCGCCUUUGGAUUUCGCCGGUUCUUCAAGGACAGGUGGAACCAGUUGGAUCUUGCCAUUGUGUUGUUGUCUAUCAUGGGCAUAACUCUGGAGGAAAUUGAGGUCAAUGCUUCCCUUCCCAUCAACCCCACCAUAAUUCGCAUAAUGAGAGUUCUGCGGAUCGCUCGUGUUCUGAAGCUGCUAAAGAUGGCCGUGGGAAUGCGAGCUCUGCUUGAUACUGUGAUCCAAGCCCUGCCUCAGGUGGGGAAUCUGGGUCUUCUCUUCAUGUUGCUCUUCUUCAUCUUCGCAGCUUUGGGAGUAGAGCUGUUUGGUGACCUGAUAUGUGACGAGCGGCACCCCUGUGAAGGUCUUGGCCGUUACGCCACAUUCAAGAAUUUUGGCAUGGCUUUCCUCCUGCUGUUCCGUGUUUCUACUGGGGACAACUGGAAUGGCAUUAUGAAGGACACACUGCGAGACUGCUCCCAGGACACAGGCAUCUGCUACAACACGGUGGUGUCACCCAUUUACUUUGUGUCCUUCGUGUUGACAGCUCAGUUUGUGCUGGUCAAUGUGGUGAUCGCUGUGCUUAUGAAGCACUUGGAGGAAAGCAACAAAGAGGCCAAGGAGGAGGCGGAGAUGGAAGCUGAGCUGGAGCUUGAGACUAUAGGUGGAGAUGGAGGAAUGUCCCGAGGGCAUAUGCCACCUCUGGGGCUUGGAGAUGUGGGUGGUCCUGGGGGGUCGCCAUGGAUCUCCAGAGGCUCUCAGGAGCUGUCGGGACCCAUGUAUCCCACAGACAGCCCACCAACAGACAUACGCAGAGACUCAGAAGACCACAUCAAGGCAGAUCCUGAUCCUCCUUAUAAUAUGGCGCCACCAUUAGAGCGGAGGCCAAUGUUAGACUCAGUUUCCCUGGUGAUGCAGGGCUCACUGGAAGGAGAGCUCAGCAUCAUGGACAACCUGUCUGGCUCCAUCUGCCACUACUACGCUCUGCCUCCCCUUCCCAGAAAGCACUGCACUGAGAAACAGAUUCCUCUAGCUGAGAUGGAGGCUCUGUCUCUGACAUCGGAGAAAUCCUGGUCCUUAGCUCUGACGGAUGACUCUAUCCCAGAUGAUUUUAACCCCCUCUUACUAACCAGUCAGGAGUGCAAUAACACAGCCCCAUCAGAUCCCCCAGUCCCCCAGGAGUCAAUUGAGCCAACGGAUGAGCACCUGCUGUAUGUGAAGAAGACCUCAGUGGGCCGCACACACUCUCUGCCCUUUGACAGCUACAUGUUUGUGCCGCUGCAGCCCAACUCAACCCGCAGUACCCACACAAACUCACCUCACCUAGCUCAGACAGGGUCUACUGGCUCUAUCCAAUCUCAAACGGAAGAGCCCACCCAGCACUUGACUGUGCCGACCGAUCUGUUCCGACCAAUAAGUCCUCAUAGCCUGUCAGACUCAGAGAGCAUCCCUCGAAUCCCUCCACCUCGCCAGGCACACACGCUCUCACGCACCCUACGCAGACAGGUGGCAGUGAGUGCUGACUCUCAGGAGACUCUGUACAGAGAGGGAGGGGAAAAUCAGGGUCCUUUGGGGCUCAGGGAACUGUCCGACCCCCUUGUCAACUUCCAAUCUCAGCAGCAGCAGCACCAGCCCUCACUCUUUCUGGUUCCUGCCACGCCGGGUGCCUCUCCAAAACCCUUGAGAUCUAGCGUGCACACACAGCACAAUCCCUACGACCAAUGCAACGUUUUCUCCAGAUGUGCCCGCUCCCCACCCCUACCUCUGCCCCCACCAGCCACCAGGGCCCCUGUGAAGCAGGAGGAAAUGGACUCAGCGGACCAAGAGGUGUCCUGUAUUAUCAGGGCAGGGCUUGCAGGAAGGAGCGACAAUGGGACUGGUGGAGGGAUGGGAGAUGAAGGUGCUAGUAGGCAUCAGCUUAAGAAGCACCACAGUGUGGACAGUCAGGGCCAGCGAGCGCUGCUGUUACCGCAGCCCUCAUCGUGGCUAGAGGACCCACGCCGACACUCCAUUGAAGUGUGUUCAUCCUUGGAGAGCAGUCCCCAAUGCAGUUCUAUUUCCUCCGGCUUCAUCUCACGAGGGGACAGCCUCCAACAGCAGUCCUCACCACGCAGCCGCAAGAAGAAGAUGAGUCCCCCUUGCAUCUCUGUGGAUCCGCCGGAAGGACUGGAGCUUCCAGGGGGAUUUCAUCCAGCUCUGGGGAUAGUGUCACCCCCACUGCCAAGCAGGGACACUUGCCUGAGGAGGCGAGCUCCAUCAAGUGACUCAAAGGACUCUUUUGAUUUGGGUGUUGGAGGAGAUGGACUGCCUCAAGAGGGUGUUCCGAACUCCAAGCUAUUGACUCUGCCUAGCUUCUCUUUUGAGAAAGCAAGCUCUGAGCACUGAACACUUGACUUAAGUGCACACAAUCACACACACACACAUACCCAACACAGACAUGCACACAACACAUGAUGCACUCUGUGUAUCUGUGAUGGUGAUAGUAAUAGUAAUAAUAAUCUUAGAGAGUAAUACUGCUAAAUGCAACAAUGGGGAAUACUCCAUGAUCAUGAAGAUUAGUUACUAUACCUUGUAUUUUUUUCUCUACUGCCAAAAGAAAACAAAAGGACGUUGUGCUGAGGAUUAAACAAGCUAAUAAUGGGACUCUCUCUCUCUUCUCAAAGACGCCAUCAGACAUCUGUUGGCAACCUCAAGACUUCCUUAUGGAAGUCAGUACAGAGCCAGAGGGAGGGCGCCCCUUUCUGGCCAUUGUGAAAACUUCACAGCACUGUAUUGAUGCUGAACUCCCCAAAGGGCACUGAUGAAGGUACAAAGCAAUAUGAACGUUUUAGAGACACUAUUUUCUUAAAUUAUUGGGCCAUAGUGUUUGUAAAGGGUGUAUAAUUUCUUUUUUGGUUUCAUUAUAGUUUUAUUUGUGUCUUUUUGUGAUGUUUUUUUAUUUUUUAUUUUUUUUCUCAACGUUUAAAAUGUUUGUUGGUUUACUUAUUUUUUCACCAUAGAAUAUUUUUAGCUUUCUUGUCUUAACAAAGAUAAAAAAGAAAGAAAACAUUUUUCAAAGUGCCGGGAUCCAUGUAUUUGUAAGAAUAAUGAUGAUGAUGAUGAUGAUAAUAAUAAUAAUAUAUCUCGUUAAAAUAAAUAAACAGCUCUUUGAUUUUUAAGCACAA